AUCUCGGCAACAAUGAUCAGGUUUGAUUUGUCCCACCGCGACCUACCUUUAGGCGCGGGCUGUCGCAUUUCGUCGGCAUGUAAGCCAUUCUCCGUUGGGGCAACGGCACUGGCCUCAACCCGCGCUUGUCGUUACCACCACACCCAGCGCUCCGGGCACAUACCUCUGCAAUUUUCCUUGGGGGGGCGGCAGCAGCGAUGCAGUCCUCCCUUGUCGCUUCGUCAUGCAACAGUUGACAGCAACACUUGCAACCUGGUGCAGGUUCCCAUGACAAGCGCAACGACAGCAGUCAGAUGCAGAUCCAAACACAACCCAGACGGCAACUCAUCUUUCGACUUCUAGCGGGCGGCGUUACCGCUGGCCCAGUUGCGUGGCUGCUGACCGCAUGUCUCCCUGCAUCAGCGCCAUCCAUCUCAGACAUCCUGCCGCUGCCAACUCCGGUCGGUCCCGCCGCAGCACUUCCCUUGGGCCCGCUAGGCCCGGUGGUGCGUGUGGGCGACGCCAAGCGCACCGGACUUACAACGGAGGAAGUGGCGGCCAUCUUGUCGCGUGACCUAGCGGAGGGGAAGUACUUUGUGACAGGGCGCCUCACUAAAGAGAUCUUCGCGGACGACUGCAGGUUCGUGGACCCAACCAAUGAUGUGAGGGGCCUGUCUCGCUACUUGACGGCGCUGGGGGUCCUCUUCGACCCACGGGUCAGCAAGGUGGAGUUGUUGGGCAUUCGGGUGAGCGGGCCUCGCUCCAUCGAGGCGGACUGGCGACUGGGUGGCUACCUGAACCUGCCCUGGAACCCGCGGGUGGAGCCAUUUGAGGGUCACACCCAGUACAGCCUGAACGAGGCGGGGCUGGUUUCGGAGCAGCGGCAGCAGUGGAGCAUCAGCGCCGGCCGGGCGCUGCAGGAGAGCUUCACGCCCAGCUGGGGGCCCAGGCGGCAGCUGUUUUAGGGGAGGGUGUGUAGUUGAGCGGAAAAAACAAGAGCAGGAGGAGGAGGCGCGGUAGCAGGAAGUGGGAGGGAGAGAGGGGUUAUGGGAGCAGGGGCAGAGCUGCCCCAAAGGUGAUAAGAAGGGCGGAGGGUGGCUCCGGGAGGUCACAAGUGAUGCAUGUCGUGGGGCACGAUCGUAGGGGUGAAGGACGUAUGUGUAGGUAGGGGCGAGUGUGUGUUUCGUUGUUGACACGUGCCCCGCUCCAUUCCACUCCUCCACGGGGACGCGGGUUGCAGCUGCCCUCAUGCUGCUGUACUGCUUCUGGCGGUGAUUCAUUUUUGUACAAAUGGGGAGAUUUAAAAACCCCACAUGGGGGCUGAAGAGGAGACACGGACGUGUGACUUGGCUAACAAGCACAACUUCUCGACCCUGCACUCACUGCACAUACGGCCGGGCGGGACUUGCCUACCGGACACGUCCUGAAUCUACGGCGCCUAUUAUACCCGUACCUCUAUAUUACCUAUACCCCGUUCUCGGCGGUGAUAUGAUGUGGAAGUGCACCAACACACAUACAUUCCUACUCGCGGCCAGUUUUCUUAACACACCGCCGG